AUGGCGGCACGCAGCGCGGCACGCCCCGCUGUCAGCGCCCAAGGCAUGCCGCCGAGGGCGGGAGCGCACCUGGGCAUCGCAUGGUGCCAUUUUGCGGACCGUGCAUCCUGUAGUCGCUGCUAUCGCCUUGGAGCCUGUCUGUUUCGCAUCGCCUCCGCGAUGGAGCGCUACAAGGGCUUUGUGAGGCGCAACGCGGGGCUGUUGUCGCUGCUGGAGAGCGGGCUGUCCAGCCUCACCUGGGUGCUGCCUGAGCGCUUCGAAGAGGGUGAACUAGGGAUAGAGGCGGUGCACACGGCUCUGGGCCUGAUCUCCAGCUUCCAUGACAGCAUCGUCAGCACGCCGCCGGGCGUGCCGUUGUCGCCGGGAGCCGACCUGGCUCUGGCGCUGUCCACGCUGGAGCAAACUUGCAGCCCUGCACAGCACCAUCUGCGCACCAAUGUGCGGCAGCACAGGUGUAGAAUGCCAGCCAAAGCGGUGGUUUGUCGCUCGUUUGCGCAGGUGCUUGUAGAGCUUAUUGCGACCCGCAGCGAGGAGCGCGGCAGCGGAAGCCGCUACACAUCACUGGCUAUUCUGGAGAGCAUCAAGGCGCUCGUGCGGCUGGUGGUAUGGCGGCGGUCAGGGAGCCGCCUGCUGCUGCACGGCGGAUGUGGCAACCUGGAGCAGCAGGCAGUGCAGUUUGGCGGCCCGACCGUGGUGCAGGGUCGGCCGCAGGAGGUGUAUGGCGCCUUUGCUGCCUUCCGGCAGCGGCGCUGCAUGCCGCGGCAGCGGCAGGGGAAGGCUGUUGUCGACGACGAGAGCUCCACCUGGUUUGGCACAGUACAGCCGGCCAACCUUGGGCCGAGCCUGCUGCUGCUGCAGUGCCUGCAGCAGACCAGGUGGGCUGGUGAGGAGGAGCGCGAGCUGGCGGCGCGUCGCCUGCGCCUGCUGAUGUACCUGCUCAGGGACCCGCUGUUCAGCCGCUACACCCAGGCACGUGGCCCGCGGCCGUGCAUGGGCGGCCGGUCUCUUGUUGGUGGCAACGCAGGCUGUAUAGCUCACACAUCGACAGCAGCGGAAAGGGCUGCGCUGGAGGGCUGGGUGCGCGGCACCUCGCGCGUGCCGCUGGUGGGCUGGCUGAGCAGCCGCGGCGCGGAGAUAUUGAUGGGCGUGCAGCGCUACUACACACCUCCGUCUCUCCCGCUUAAUUCAUUCACUCCAACUGUACAAGACGCCCUCCGCGGCCGCCGCUUUGCCACCAUGGCCUCCCACACCGCCGCUGCCUGCUCAGGCAGCAGGAAGGGACGCCUCAGCCUGGUGGCUCUGCAGCUGCUGGCGCUUGGCCUCUUCAUGGCCCGUCCCAUCGCCGCAGAGGAGCCUCUGAUCCUCGAGUGUGACUCCUCCUUCAAGGGCAAGUCCGCCACCCUGGUGCUGACGGGGGCCUCCGUGCUCAACGAGGCCUACGCCGUCUGCUUCCAGGAGUUCACAACCACCGUGGCAGAUGACUGCACCCUCACUGUCACCCCCGCCGCCUUUGCCUCUCAGCUCGAGUUUGAAUCCACGCCGUGCCCCACCGAGCCGCUGCAGGGCGGCAUCGUCAACGGCACAGACCUGGGGUACGCCGACAAGCAGGGCUUCUCCGGCGCCUGCAAGAAGUGCCCCAAGGGCUACGCCGUGCCCGACGAGGGCAACAGCGCCUGCGACAUCUGCGGCCCCGGCACCUACCAGGACGAGGCCGGCCAGCUGGAGUGCAAGGACUGCCCCGUGGGCACCUACACCGAGAUGACCGGCAGCACCGAGCUGGAGUCGUGCCUGCCCGCCCCCAAGGGCAACUACGCCCCCGGCACCGGCAACGACGGCUUCAUCCCCUGCGAGGGCGGCACCUACCAGGACGAGGAGGGCCAGGGCGCUUGCAAGCCUUGCCCCCCAGGCUACCAGUGCCCCGCCGGCUCCGUGGCUCCCACCAAGUGCGCGCGCGGCUUCUACGCCGACAUGAAGCAGCCGUGGUGCAAGGAGUGCGCCAAGGGCACCUACCAGGACAACGAGGGCCAGCGCGCCUGCAAGCCCUGCCCCGCCGGCAGCUACUGUCAGGCCACCAAGAUGGUCACCCCCACCCCCUGCCCCGCCGGCAAGUUUGGCGUCAAGUUCUCCUCCAUCACACCCAACGACUGCGCCGCCUGCCCCAUCAACUCCUACUCUGCCACCCCCGGCCAGAACAAGUGCGCCAAGUGCAGCACCGGCCUGUGGACCGCCCGCAAGACGGGCCAGAAGCUGUGCUGGGACAACACCAAGAACCUGCCCACCAGCAACGGCCCCGGCAGCUUUGCUGACAGCAGGGGCGCCCUGGCGUGCAACGACUGCCCCGCCGGCUCUUAUUCAGACGGCGUCUUCAACCCCACCUGCACCGACUGCCCUCCCGGCGAGAUCACCGUCAGCCCCGACGGCUCCGGCGUGUCCUUCUGCGUCAAGUGCAAGGUCGGCACCUGGAAGCCGCCCGGCGCCACCGACAACAAGUGCCGCACCUGCCCCGCGGGGUGGGAGACGGGCAGCACGCUGCCCGGCGCCUCCACCUGCACCGAGUGCCGCCUCGGCCACUACAACGGGCUGCCCAACACCGCGCUGUGCACCCCCUGCCCCAAGGCCUUCUUCGCCAACAAGGUCGGCAUGAAGGUCUGCAAGGCCUGCCCCGCCGGCCAGAUCACAGACACCGCCCCCACCAGCGGCGCCACCGUCAACGGCACGGGCGCCUUUGGCUGCACCAAGUGCGCCGCCCGCCGCUUCCGCCCCUCCAUGUACGCCGCCAACACCUGCACCCUGUGCCCCAAGGGCCGCGAGACCAAGCUGGCGACUGGAGCCAGCGGCUGCACGGCCUGCGUCCCAGGCACCACCCUGCUGGAGACCACCCACAUCAACUGCACCGCCUGCCCCGCCGGUGAGAGGCGUCUGCAGCUGGGCGUGCUACCACAAUGCAGCCGUUGUCGUUUCAGGGCCCAUGCACUGUCCCCUGCCGUGUCCAACUCAUUCCUCUGCCUCCCAUGCAGGCGAGUACUCGGAUGCGCAGGGCUUCUCAGGCCCCUGCAAGAAGUGCCCCAAGGGCUACGCUAG